AUGGCACCAGCCCGAAGAAUCAAAACUUUGCUCACCGUCAAUAUCUGCGUGUUCCUGGGCAUCGUGCUGUUUUCGGUGUACUGCCGGGUGUCGGAGCGCUCGGGCCAGUUACUGCAGGUGGACCGCGGCGAUCUCCGGGGCCGGCAGCCGCUCAAGGACGGAGCCCACAUCCUGCAGCGCCUGGAACACCUGGAACAAGUGGUUUACAACCAGCUGAACGGUCUCGCUAAGCCGAUCGGACUGAUGGAAGGGCCAGGGGGCCUUGGGCAGGGGGGAAUGGCAGCCACAUUGAGAGACGACAGCCAGGAGCUUGAUGCCAAGUAUGAGGACUACGGCUACAACGCCCAGCUGAGUGACCGGAUCUCGCUCGAUCGAACCAUCCCCGACUACCGGCCGAAAAAAUGCCGACAGAUGACCUACCUGCCCAAGCUCCCGCAGAUCGCCGUCGUCUUCAUCUUCGUGAACGAGGCUCUCUCCGUCAUCCUUCGCUCGGUGCACAGCGUGGUGAACCACACGCCCCCCCACCUGCUCAAGGAAAUCAUUCUCGUUGACGACAACAGCGACAAUGUGGAGCUGAAGUUUAACCUGGACCAGUACAUCCACAAGAGGUACCCCGGCCUGGUGAAGAUUGUGCGGAACAGCAAGAGGGAGGGGCUGAUACGGGCCCGGAUCCAGGGCUGGAAGGUGGCAACCGCCCCAGUGGUCGGCUUCUUCGACGCUCACGUGGAAUUCAACGUCGGCUGGGUGCAGCCGGUUCUGAGCAGGAUUAAGGAAGACCGUACGCGGAUCAUCCUGCCAGCCAUCGACAACAUCAAGUACAACACGUUCGAGGUGCAGCAGUAUGCCAACGCGGCCCACGGCUACAACUGGGGCUUGUGGUGCAUGUACAUCAUUCCGCCGCAGGAGUGGCUCGACCAGGGGGAUGAAGCUGCACCAAUCAGGACGCCAGCGAUGAUUGGCUGCUCGUUCGUGGUGGACCGGGAAUAUUUCGGUGAGAUCGGUCUCCUUGACCCUGGGAUGGAGAUAUACGGUGGAGAGAACAUUGAACUCGGCAUGAGGGUCUGGCAGUGCGGAGGCAGCAUGGAGGUUCUACCCUGUUCCCGGGUCGCCCACAUCGAGCGCACUAAGAAGCCCUACAACAAUGACAUUGAUUACUACGCCAAGCGCAACGCCUUGCGGGCCGCCGAGGUCUGGAUGGAUGAGUUCAAGUCUCACGUCUACAUGGCCUGGAACAUACCAAUGAACAAUCCAGGAGUUGACUUCGGCGACGUGUCGGAGAGAGUGGCCCUGCGAAAGAAGCUGAACUGUCGGAGUUUCAAGUGGUACAGGGACAACGUCUACCCGGAGAUGAGGGUCUACAAUGACACGGUCACCUACGGAGAGGUACGGAACAGCAAAGUGAGUGGCUACUGCUUAGACCAAGGGUCAGAGGAUGAUGACAGGGCGAUUCUCUACCCGUGCCAUGGAAUGACAUCUCAGCUUGUCCGCUACACCACCGAGGGGCUACUGCAGCUCGGACCUCUGGGGUCAACGCAUUUUCUGCCGGACACCAAGUGCCUGGUGGACGAAUGGAAGGUCAAAACUCCAAGUCUCAGGAAAUGCGAGGAGGUCCUCAGACCCCGUCAGAGGCUCUGGGACUUCACACAGAACGGACCAAUCAUAAACAGAGACACCGGCCGCUGCCUCGAAGUGGAGAUGGUCAAGGAUGCCAACUUUGACCUGAGACUGUCCUUGCAGAAGUGCUCCGGGCAAAAGUGGGUGAUACGGAACUGGAUCAAACCGAGCAAGCACUGAGCACCAUGGACCUCCGUUUGUAAAUCUGCCACCGAGCAACACUCGAGGGGUGGCCGUGGUCCUCGGAAUGUGGGAUCACUGUCUGUCUCAGUGAAGGAACACUGGCCAGCUCUUUCACAAACUCUGAUGGGGCGUGUACAGAGUUCAGUGGACAAUAGUUAUGUGCCUUUUACACAUAUGAAGUUACUGACUGGAAACCAGUCCCAACAGCAUGUACACGACCAGAAAACUAUAAGUAAUAAAAUCAGAAAAAAUGAAUAUAUUCUAUAACUCACUGAUACGAUUUUGGAAAGGGUGGAGAAACGGAGAUCCAAAGUUUGUAUACACAGACUUUUGAACGUGGUGCAGGAAGAGUUAUUUAUUUGUUUAUUGAGGUACAACGUGGAAUUGGCCCUUUGAGCCAUGCCACCCAGCAAUCCCCUGAUUUAAUCCUAACCUAAUCACGGGACAAUUUACAAUGACCAAUUAACCCACCAAUCAGUAUGUCUUUGGACUGUGGGAGGAAACCAGGGCACCCGGAGGAAACACACGCGGUCACGGGGAGAAUGUACAAACUCCUUACAGGCAGUGAUGGGAAUUGAACCUGGGUCGCUGGCACUGUAGAGCAUUGUACUAACCACUACACUAUCAUGCUGCCCCACCUGAUAAUCAUCAAAAGAGAAAAAAGAGAUUGACAUAUUUGUCACAUACAUUGUAACAUACAGUGAAAUGCCACAUUUGUGCAGGAGAUGUGUUGUGGGCUUCCAGUGCCAACAAAGCAUGCCCACAACACGCCAACCCUAACCUCUACUGUACUGUGCAAAAGUCUUAGGCACAUAUAUAUAGCUAGGGUGCCUAAGACAUUUGCACAGUACUGUAGUAAUUUUAUGGUUUGCACUGUACUGCUGUCACAAAAUAAAACAAAUUUCUUGAUGUAUGUGUGAUGAUAAACCUGAUUCAGAUAUAGGUCUCUGUUGUGGACUGAGAGUGGGAAGGGG